CACCAGCAGCAACAGCAGCAACAGCAGCAGCAGCAGAUGUACUGCCUGCCGGGCCCGGCCGUGCCUCUGCGCUACAUGUACCAUCAGCUGGUGGGCCCGGAGCAGCCGCAGCAUCAGCCGUCCUACAUGGGCGUGUACCCGGGCGGUGGCACCACCCUGAGCUCGGCGCCGGCGCACGAGGCCGGCUACUACAUGACCUCGCCUCCGGCCGCCGGGCCGCCAGUUUACCCGCUGUCGCCGUUCUACGGCCAGCAGACGUACGCGGGCGCGGCCGGCCGGCCGGCCGCCGAGCCGUCAGCCGUGCCGCAGCAGGUGCUGGGGUACGCCGCCCAAUACCCGUCACUGGUGUCGGCCGGGCCGCCGGUGGCCGGCCGUCUAAUGAACGGGCACCGACUGCGCUCGGCCGAGUCGCUGGACGACUCGCUGCUGCUGCACCACCACCACCCGCACCCGCUGGCGGCGCCGGCGCCCGCCUUCCAGCGGCCCGUACCGCUCA